AUGUCCCGGUCUCUUUUCCUUCUCUUCGCUGUUGCCCUUUUCGCUUUGAGCGCCUUCGCCUCCGAUUACUUCGAGCGACUGACCCUGACGCCCCUUCCGCUGGGCUCUCUUCUCGCGUCCUUUGACUUCCGGGCAAACGAGACCAUAACAGAAUACGAGGCGCAGAACUACAGAUAUUUCCCCCGGUCCCUAGGACAGGCGUUAAAACAUGCAGACACGAAAGAGCUCCAUCUAAGAUUCACUACUGGACGCUGGGAUCCAGAGACCUGGGGCGCGCGACCAUGGAAUGGCACGAAAGAAGGCGGCACAGGAGUUGAGCUGUGGGCGUGGAUCGAGGCGACAUCAGAAGAUGAGGCUGUCGAAAAAUGGGCGACUUUGACCCAGUCCCUCUCAGGUCUAUUCUGCGCGUCGUUAAACUUCAUCGAUUCGACUCGGACUACCAAACCAGCCUUGUCAUUUCAGCCGUUGGGCGCGUACGGGGAUGACGGCCAACACCUCCAUCUUCUACACGGUGUACUUCCGGGAGAAGUGGUAUGCACAGAAAAUCUAACUCCAUUCAUCAAACUCCUUCCAUGCAAAGGAAAGGCGGGCAUAUCGAGUCUACUGGAUGGUCACAAAGUAUUCGAUGCCUCUUGGCAGAGCAUGGCCAUUGAUGUCAGGCCAAAAUGUACCCCUGGAGUUGAAGAGUGCCAGAUGGAGAUUAGCGAGACGAUUGAUGUGGUUCUCGACAUUGAGCGGUCCAAACGCCCUCGAGACAAUCCAAUCCCAAGACCAGUUCCGGUAGAGCAGCUCGUGUGCGACGAGACUAAGCCUUAUCAUUCUCAAGACACUUGUUAUCCUCGUGAUAUGGUCGAUGAAACGCCAUGGUCUUUGAAGGAGGUCUUUGGGCGAACGAUGGCUGGGGCGUGUCCACUCGCAGAGUCUGAAGGCCCGGAGGCAAAAUCCGUAUGCUUGAACGUUCCCCAUGAACGCAUGGUCUUGAUUGGUGUCAGUGGAUUCGAGGUCAAAACGGAUCCGGGCCAGCCAGAGUCAAGGUGCUACCAGUUAAUGCCGUUUGAGGAGUUCGAUAUUGAGCUCCCACAGCAGACCGUCGGCACCAAAGCGGAACUUGGCCAUGAGCUGCUGAGGGCAGAGAGGACAAUAACAGGCCAUGGAGCAGCCCGAGGAGGGAUGCGCACGAUCUUCACCAACCCUUCGCCGACGGAGCCCGUGAGGUUUGUUUAUUUCGAGAGUCUACCUUGGUUCAUGCGGCCGUUUGUGCAUACGUUGAAAGCACAGGUAACGCGCACCGAGUUUCCGUUCGACUGGCAGAUCAUGAACGACAUGUACUACCGCCCUGCUAUCGAUCGGAACAGAGGCACCCAGCUUGAACUUGUCAUGUCUGUGCCCCCAGCGAGCACAGUCAUGCUCACCUACGACUUCGAGAAAGCAAUCCUACGAUACACCGAGUACCCCCCAGAUGCCAAUCGGGGGUUCAAUGUCGCUCCGGCAGUCAUACGAAUCCUGGAGGCCACCAAUGAGGACGGACAGUCCAACGACGUGUACAUUAGGACAACAAGCUUGUUGUUACCCCUGCCCACCCCGGAUUUCAGCAUGCCGUACAAUGUCAUCAUUCUGACAAGUACAGUGAUGGCUCUUGCAUUUGGAAGUAUAUACAAUCUCAUGGUUAGGCGUUUCGUGGGUGCGGACGAGGUGGGAGAUACAAAGGUUCGAGGACUGGUCAGGAAAGUUCGGGGCGCUAUUGUCUCAUUGAAGGAUAAAUUCAGGGGAAAGAGAGAAAAAGUAGAGUAG